GCCGCGGUCUUCCGCAGUCCUGGGGAGCGGAAGCGCCGAGUGCGAGUACCUGCACCUGCCUGGGGCGCGUACUUGCUGAGUUCCUGUCCACAGGUAGAAGCGGCCGCUCGGCGUCCUGGCUCGGCGGGCAGCUUCCCAGAUGCAGAGAGCAGCAGUUGUGGAAGGGAACCUGCUGUCCACGGGUCCCACAGGAGGCUGCCAGCCAUGAACUACGUGGGGCAGUUGGCUGAGACAGUGUUUGGGACAGUGAAGGAGCUGUACCAGGGCCUGAACCCUGCCACACUGAGUGGAGGCAUCGAUGUGCUGGUGGUAAGGCAAGUGGAUGGCUCCUUCCGGUGCUCGCCUUUCCACGUCCGGUUUGGCAAACUGGGUGUCCUGCGUUCUCGGGAGAAGGUGGUGGACAUUGAGAUCAAUGGGGAGCCGGUGGACUUGCACAUGAAGCUGGGGGACAGUGGGGAGGCCUUCUUUGUCCAGGAGCUGGAGAGUGAUGAGGAAGAUGUGCCUCCCCGCCUGUGCACCUCACCCAUCCCUUGGGGGGCCCUAUCUGGCUUCCCCUCAGAUUCUCAGCUUGGCACAGCCAGUGAGCCCGAAGGCCUCGUUGUCACCGGGCGGAGAAAGAAGUGUCGAAGGAAGAAAUCCAGGCGGAAGGAAGAUGCAGUAGCAACUGAGUCUAGUUCCGAGGAGCUGGAGGCUGGAGCUGGGAGUGAAUUGUCCCCGCAGAGAAAGCUGAAACCAGUGUCCCCAGGCAGUGCUCAGCUGGAAGGGGAGCCCUCACUACAACCCAAAGACUUCUACCCCUACUCCGAUGGCGAGUGCUUCCCCCAGGACAGCCUCUUGUCAGGUGAGCUAAUAUUCCCUAAGAGCGACUCAGAGUUGGAGCUGCGAGAAUCCGGUCCCUUGAGAGCUGAGUCCCACAUGCAGUGGGCAUGGGGGAAGCUGCCUAAGGUGGCCAAAGCUGAGCAGCCUGAGUCCUCCGUAGUCCCUGUAAGUGCUACUGGAGCAACCACUCCUCUCCAGAGAGGACCCAGCACUUCUUCCUCCCCUGCACCUGGCCUGGACCCUUUGGGAGUUGAAAUCCCACACACAGGGGAUAAUGCCAAUCUGCCUUGGCCUGAUAUGGAGUCUCACUGGAGAAAAACUCUAGUGGAUUCUCCUCCUCCCUCCCCAGAGGGUGAAGAAGCAAAGACUCAGAGUUCCAAAGAUGAAAAUCUUUCUAAAUCAUGGAACUGGGUCACUUUAGAGGCCCCUGUUCCCACUGGGAAACCAGAAGUCUCCAGGGGAAAAGGCUCUCUGAAGAAAAGCCAGCACUUGGGCCCCAGUGACAUCUACCUGGAUGACUUGCCUUCCCUGGACUCUGAGGAUGCAGCUCUUUACUUCCCUCAGAGCAACUGUGGGCUUGGAGCCAGGAGGUGGAGUGAACCCUGUAGCCAGAAGCUCCUGGAGAGCUCCAACCCUGAGCAAGUACCAGAAUCCACCCCUGACUCAGUGACUGUCAUAACACUGUCCCUCUGCGGUGGACUGGCUGACAGCCGGAACAUCUCCCAGGAGAAAUUCAACCAGCACAUCGUCUCCUACCAGGAUCUCACCAAAAACCCUGGUCUCCUGGAUGACCCAAACCUAGUGGUGAAAAUCAAUGAGAAGUACUAUAACUGGGCUGUGGCUGCCCCCAUGAUCCUCUGCCUGCAAGCUUUCCAGAAGGACUUACCUGAGAGCACUGUGGACAAGCUUGAGAAAGAGAAGAUGCCCCGGAAGAGCGGGCGGUGGUGGUUUUCCUGGCGACGAAGGGAUUUCCCAGCAGAGGAGCGUGGUGUCCAGAGGGAGAAACCCACAACCAGGGAGUGGCAGGGAGAGAAGGCCGGAGUGCCGAGCAGCAGUGAUGGUGAUGCCCCAGAUAGCCCUGUGAUCCUGGAGGCCCCCUGCCUGUCACCUCCAACUCCAGCCUACACCCCUAUCUACAAGAAAUCCCUCCGCCUCUCUUCGGAUCAGAUCCGGUGCCUGAACCUGCAUGAAGGUGCCAAUGAUGUGGUCUUCAGUGUGACCACCCAGUACCAGGGUACCUGCCGCUGCAAGGCCACCAUCUACCUGUGGAACUGGGACGACAAGGUGAUCAUCUCUGACAUCGAUGGCACCAUCACCAAGUCAGAUGCUCUGGGUCAUAUUCUACCCCAGCUGGGGAAAGACUGGACACAUCAAGGCAUCACUAGUCUCUACCACAAAAUCCACCUAAAUGGGUACAAGUUCCUAUACUGCUCAGCGCGGGCCAUUGGCAUGGCUGACCUCACCAAGGCAUACCUGCAGUGGGUGAGCGAGGGUGGCUGUGGUCUCCCCAAGGGCCCCAUCCUGCUAUCUCCCAGCAGCCUCUUCUCCGCCCUCCACAGAGAGGUGAUCGAGAAGAAGCCAGAGGUAUUCAAGGUCGCCUGCCUGAGUGACAUCCAGCACUUAUUUCUGCCCCAUGGAGAGCCCUUCUAUGCUGCCUUUGGGAACAGGUCCAGUGAUGUCUUUGCCUAUCGACAGGUAGGCCUACCUGAAUCUCGCAUCUUCACAGUCAAUCCCCGGGGAGAGCUCAUCCAGGAGCUCAUGAAGACCCACAAAUCCACGUAUGAACGGCUUGGUGAGGUGGUCGAGCUCCUCUUCCCACCUGUGGCCCGUGGCCCCACCACAGAGCUGAUCCACCCUGAAUACAGCAACUUCCGCUACUGGCAGCAGCCGUUACCUGCUGUGGACCUGGAUGCCCUGGCCUGAGCCAGCCCCAGCUGCCUCUCCUGCUGCCAGCCCUGGGACUAGGUGUCUGGAAGUGCAACAGUCUUCUAACUCACCAAAGAUGAGGGGCUACACACUUAUUUGCAGCCACAGAGACCCCCCACAUUACAAAGGGUAUAGCGCAGCUGUUGUAGAUCUGUGAGGUCUUAAUCUGUAGCACACCAUUGCUGGGCAUGCUGGAACAUGUCUAUAAUUCCAGCUACUUGGAAGGAUGAGACAGGAGGACUUCAGCUGAGCCCAGUCUGAGCA